CAGCUCUAGAGAUACGAAACUCAUUAAAGGACGUUCAGGUAUGAUGACUUGAUAUCACAUUCUGCAAGGGGUUUAUGCUGCUUUAUUGGUUCAUGUCUUCUCUCUAUUGCAUGGUGAAACGUAUCAUUUGAUGCUUUGACUUCAAUGUAUUCAAGGGUUGGAAUAAGCGGCAAACUCUUAUUUACGGAGUAGUUAAGUUAGUUCUUGGGAUCAGGAACAAGCUGACGCGAUCACACUAGCUUCACAGAUAAAAUUACAUCGCGAUUACUUGCAUUGGUGUUAAAUUAGCCCUAUCAUACAUGGCCAGGCACAGAAUGCGACCAUGGCAUUUGCGCAGUUCCAUUGCUUUCAAGUGUCAUUUCUCAUGCAUGACUUGGAUGAGCUGUCUAAAGAUAGUAACCUCCCAUGCCCUCCUCCAUGAUAAAGCUAAAUCAAUUCCGAUAGCAAUGAUGCCACGAGGAUUCAGAAUCCCCGUAAUCCGCUGGCUACAGCCAGUCCAAUUCACUCCGAUGGCUCCGAUACUGAUCUAUCUACAAAGUUUGCUGUAAUCCUGCAUAAAAGGAAAUCGUUCUAUCAUUCACCAGCUCAGUCCUCGAUGAACUCAAUCAUGACUGUCCCUUGCUUCAGACCUGCAUCUGCAACGGUCGUGUCCAGGCUCUCGAUGAGAUCCUGGCCGGCAGGCAUUUUCUUAAGCUCGAAUUCGAUCCCUUCUUUGCCUUCCAGUGGCUCAGCCUUGAGCCAUUCGUAAAUUCUGCGGACUGAAUCAUCAAGAUUGAAUCGUCGAAUGACACGACCGGUAGGGUGUCGGAAUUGAAUGCGCGUAGUAGUUGUUGGGUUGGCCUCUGGCUCGGUAUGUGGGGUGGUGCUCGAAAUUUGAGCCCAAGGACUUUGCUCAACCGGAGCUUCAGGUUCUUUUCCUUUGCCUUCCUCAGGGCCAGGAUCUUUGGUUAAAGCAUCGGGAUCAUGAAGGUUAGGUGUCGAGGAACCUCCGCUUCCUGUAGCGCCCUCCAGACUGUUCUUCAAAGCCAUUUCAAGCAUCUCAUCCUCAGUCAUGCGAUCGACAUCCACUCUCUGUGGCUUUCGUGCUGUCGACUUCGCAACCGGGUUCUUGCUAUUGGCCGCGAGACUGUAGCGGUCGAGAAACUCGGCGAGUUCGGCAUGGAAUUCUUGCGCGGAGGGGAAAGGUCGUCCUGUCCAAACUUUGACUUGCUCGCCCGUUCGGGGGUCGAUGAUCGAGACAUGUGGGUAGUUAUCAGGGUUCUCGUGUGUUUGGUUGGGGAAAUAAAACGUCACAAACUCCUCGGCAUCCGGGAAGUCCUUGUCGUACUGUAGGAAAAUGAAGUUCUCUGAGACCAGAGAUUUAAUAGCCUCGUCCUUCCAAAUGUCACGGUUCAGCGCCUGGCAGUUGAAGUCGUUCAUGUCUUGGAGAUUAACCAAGAUCCACUUCUUGUCUUCCUUGCCUAGAGUACGGGCAUCAUCCCAAGACAUGCGCGCCAUCAAAUCGUAAGGUGGUCGGAACAAAUCUACAAGACGUCUUGCGUGGGCUCCAUUCUCGGGUGCCUGGGCAGGGCGGCUGUCAGGGUCGGCCCAUAUUUGCUGGGAGAAUGGUCCUCCAGCACGAUUGGCUAGAUGAAUGCGUCAGUGAGAGUCCACUACUGGUAGUUAAGACACUUACGUGGAUUUGCCCGCCGCCUGCGUCGCAACUCUUCUAGAAAAGCUGCCUCCAUUCCAUCAUCGUGCUCACCACCACCCCAUCCGGGUGCCACCAAGGUCUCAGUAGUCCGCGCGAUAGGUGCUCGGACAUCAUCUGGGUUUCCUCCUGAUCCAGACCCAGACCCUUGGUUUCCUUGGUAUAGCUCCUCCUGCAAUCGCUUUGCCAUUGCCAUAUCUUCUUCUUCUUGGGCUAGAGCGGCCGCUUGAGCUGCGACGGCUCUCUCGUUAUCGUCAUCAUUGUCGCUAAAGUCUUCGAUCUGCAUAUCCUGGUCAUCGUCACUAUCGAUGUGGAUGACGCCCGCCGAAUCUUGCCUGCCAAUGUUGCCUCUGGAAGCCGAUGUUGUCGCGGGGGCAGCGGCUGGCUGGUUGCUUGAAGAAAGGCCAGCUCCUACGCCGGAAACGAGAUCGGGGUUUUCGAAGAAGAGUUCUAUGGCACGCUCAAAGUUACCCGCAGUCAUCUCGAGAAAGCUCCGCGCGACAUCGGUGCUUGUGCCCGUGAUGGACAUGAAAUUGGAGAUGUUGUCGUCCAUGGUUGGCGACUCUCCUGGUCGGGCAGGAGUUGUCAGUCUGUCGUGUUUGUAAGAGUUUUAGAAAAUUGAGAGGAUCGGAAGUAAGCAGGGCACGGUGUCGAACACGCAGUUGAUUAAUGUGUUAUCGUAAGGUUCGGUGUAGCUUGAGCGAGGAGAGUUGAUGCCCCGCUAUGACAACAGCGGGGAGAGUAUCGGGCUAAAUAGUCACUGGUCUCAAGCUGAUGGCGCGAGUUUUAUAGUGAGCUGUUCAGUGCCGUUGUUCUUUCAGCUUGCAGCAGCAACGCACUCGGAAGAAAUCGACCUUGUCGUGGUUGAGAUAUGCCCUUUCAAGUAGCAAGGCGAAAGUUGAAGGUGAAAGUGAAGCACAGACACCAAAGACAGGCACCCAACCACAGUGACGCAACCGGGUCAGUGGAGCUUAGCGCCUUUUCCUUGGAGGGGCAAGUGACAGGGGAGUGAAACUGUGACGGGCGGAAAAUCAAUGACGCGACUUCUUUCAUAUGCACAGCUUACCCAAGAUGAAAGCUGAUUUAUGUCCUCUACUAUGAUCCAUGGCAAUAAACAAACGUUUUCCUACCUUAAUUAAGAAAGUGUUUUGUUUUACGACAUGCCUGCAUAUUGAGAAAUAAUAAUAAAUACGGGUCUAUACCGUUGUUAUGCUAGAAUCAUGAACGCGUCUAGACUUGGAUCUUAUCUUCAGUUUCCCAGGGUGGUGCCAAGUUUUACUCAUCUCGCCAUUCAGUUACGAAUGGCACAGUUAAUUACUGCUAUACAAAAUCAAAUUGGCAAAUAGGAGUGUAUAGCGACUUAGACUUGUUUUCCAUAUUUUACUAGAAGUUUUUAGCUCCUGUUAUCAUAUCUAUUGUCUCCGAGAAAAUUGACCAACUUGACAAAUGUCAGCUUAGUCAUGCAACGUCACGAUAUGGUUGACUGGCGACAAUAUGGCCCGGCAGCACCUACCUGAGGUUAUUCGUCACCGAGCUGCCUGUGCCUUUCCUUACAAAGCACAACAAGUCGUAAAUCGCCGUCUGAACUCGUUCUUACAUCUUUAAUACUUUUUAUGAUCAAACCACAUCGAUUAUCUGAGCUUGAAGAAUAUCAAAUUCGAAACACACAAUACCCCCUCAAUCAUGGCGGCAGCAACAACGAAAGAGAGGGAACUGCAGCUGCUGGACACCGUCGAGCUCAAGAUCCUAAAUGUUGCCAACAAGGAACAUAAGCUGCACGAGCUAUUACAACGUUAUCUGCCGCCGGUCAUCCUCAAGGCGGCUAGUGAACAUGCUCAAGUUCGAGCUAAAGUGGUCCAGAUAUUCUCCAACCUGAAGACCUUCAUCCAACCCCCGGAGGUAAUUCUUCCUGUAGGCGCACUGCUUGAUCAAUACAAGUCUAGUGACUCCCCGUUAGUCAAGCAACUUGAUAUCUCAGCCAUACAACAUAGCAUAGAGCGCCUGGAUGACUAUGAACGAAGACAGCUUAUACCUAAAGCUUUGUCAGGAUUCGCCAAGGACCAAGGUGUUGCCCGAGCUGGUCCAUUCUUCAACAUCAUUCUGCGUCUCCUCCUUGAUGCCCGGAUACCUCCAAGAGGCAGCAAAGAUGAUACCGAGUACCGAGAAGCAAUCGGACUAUCAGACGAGGCCGACGCAAAGUUCCUUGCUAGCAUGAUUAGCAUUUUCCUACGGCUACGGAACCCUACGCAAACUCAGAACUGGACCACAGCUAACCCAACACUCACUAAAGCUGAGCUCGAUUCGCUAGCUGUGGAAAGCCCCGAGUCACAGAAGGUUUUCGAGAGGAUGUCAGAGUUGAAGCUCAAGCUCAUCUCGUUGCUUGCAAGUGGUGCUUUUACUGACGAAGAGAAGUUCUUGCCCGCGCUUUACGCUUCAUCCAGUUUCGAUAACAGACUUGUAUCUGCAGCUGAAGAAGUUUUGAAGCGAAGCUCUGUGUCUAUGGAAGAUGAGCCACUUGUCAAGCGCCUGUUUCAUGCUCACUCAAUCCUGCCGCCCACCUACCGGACCAGAAUUCUCAACAUGCUCUCUAAAUCAUCCAUCUCGGCAACAAUGUCGGAUGAUAUCAUGGCUGUAGUCAAACUCAACUUCUCCUCGCCAGAUCAAGCUUCAAGUGAAUUGGCACAGAAUCUGCUGCCCAAGAGUGCGCUCGAACAAACAAAACUGCAUACGGCGACGUUUCAGUACCUUGCCUGGGUAGCACGCGUUGGGCCCACGCAGGAAGGAUUUGACAUUGCUGCUCCUCUCGUGCAUGAGCUGUCCACUUUUAUAGAGCGUCAAGGCUGGCCUGUUCCGUGGCGAACAUCUCACGACGAUAUUGCACUACGAUCGAAAGCGUACGAAACUAUUGGAGUGUUGGCGAGAAGUGCGAAUAUGCCAAUUGGGAGGCGUCUACAACUCGCGCACUGGCUUUUUAAGUCAUUGUCAGAGGAUACGACUUCCGAUGCAGUUGUGAACAUAGAUGGAGCUCUGUCCAGCCUAACCACCAACAUUCCGGCAAUGACGGGCAAUGAGUCUCAAGAGUUGAAGACAAUGCUGCUAACGUUUAUGUCUCUCGCUGAUGAGCCCCCUGCUGUUAGAAGCACUCGACACGCUGUGGUCAAGUGGGCCAACCAGUGCCUCGCCUUUUCCGAUGUUCUGGGACGCUGGAUUGACAUUCUGGCCGUUGGUGCCUACGAAAGCGAGAGAAGUGAUGUUAUUGAGCAGGGCCACAAAGGUCUUGACCCUUGGACUUAUCACGCACACGCCGAAACCAGUCCGACAUUGCCAGACUGGAAAGAAAUGAUAGUCACGUUCUUUGGUUCUGAAAUUAGCCCAUAUACCAUUACGGAAGCCGCCACUGCCCCUCUUCCAGAUGUGACAGAAAAGUCGCACUCGGUGUUUGAGAACUUCCAAGAAUCUCGUAUAGCUGCUUUCCCAGUUGCCCUGAGAUAUUGCAAGCACAUAAUGUUCCUCACAGCUCUCGAAGACUUCGAAGUGGAGCCUGACUGGAUGCAAACUCUAGAUGCACGAGUCAAAACGGACAUCAAGACGCGAGAGAAGAUCCUAGCAUAUCUGCAUACAAUCGAUAGUGGAUACAUACUCUUCUAUCUGAAGGCAUGCCUCGAUGGAGCCUACCUCAGGGACUCUCCGAUUACGGAAGAAUGCAUCCGUUGUUUUGUUGAUGUGGCAUCCCUCAGCCCCGGCGGGGCACUGGGGUUCUUGACCAUGUUUAGCGAUGGCCUUUUCCAGCUGAUCAAGUCGAAUAAUAAGGAAGUCCGGUCACUGACUGCUCGUGCCCUUGGAAUGCUUGUGUCACAUCUCGCGAAUGACCCGUCUCUUAUAGACUAUUACCGCGAGACUCUGAGUGCACUAUUCGAAAACGCCGAGAGGUUAGUCGGGCCUGAACUCAACGCUGCUGAGGGAGGAUUACUGGCAUACAGCUACGUCUGUUCGCGAAGCGUUUACUACGGACAACCCAUUCCCGACGAUGUUCAAUAUCCCAUUCAGUUCAUCACCGGCGAAAACGUUGUGUCGUCACUCCAUGACACAGCGCUCGAGGCUUUUGCACAGCUGUGGACAGCCGGACUCGCUAUCCCGGAACGUGAAGGUGAUCACUCACUGGAAAAGGUUAUCAGCAAGCUAGUCGCCUCAGCAAAGAAAAGCAACGAGAAGGCAAUUCUUGCUCUGGGAAGACUGGCUGCCGGGCUGAGUGAAAGUGGAGAGGCUAAUGAGAGCGAAGAUGGAUGGUCGCAUGGAGUCCUGGGCAACAUCCUCAAGGAGCUUUUCGCCCUACAUGAGAUCAAGCAAGUCGAAGUGCAGUUCACUGUGGGAGAUGCUAUCACUGCAACUCUGGCACGAUGGGAAUCCGAUUAUGUAAAGCUGACCCUGGAUGUCGAGUCUCGCGGUUGUCUUCAGAAGCGCAAUGGAUCCCGUGGCCCGCUUCUCACAGCUGUUCUUAACAAGAUCUUCGCUGACUGCAAGGCCACAAAGCCAUCGCUGCUGAAGGCGUCCGGCAUCUGGCUUUUCUGCAUUGUUCAAUAUUGUUCACACCUGGAAGAGGUUCAGUCGAGGCUCCGAGAGACUCAAGCUGCAUUUAUGAGACUUCUUAGCGCACGCGACGAGCUUGUACAAGAGACUGCCUCGCGCGGUUUGUCUUUGGUAUACGAGCGUGGCGAUGCUGAUCUCAAGAGCGCCCUUGUGAAGGAUCUAGUGUCUGCAUUCACAGGCAACGGCACCCAGCUCAAGGUCGACCAAGAAACAGAGCUGUUUGAGCCUGGUGCUCUGCCAACUGGCGAGGGCAGCUCCAUCACUUCAUACAAGGACAUUGUCAAUCUAGCCAAUGAAGUUGGCGAUCAAAGGCUUGUUUACAAGUUCAUGUCACUUGCUGCGAAUGCUGCUACCUGGUCAACUCGAUCUGCCUUUGGUCGAUUUGGACUCAGCAACAUUCUUUCAGAGUCUGAAGUUGACCCUAAGCUCUAUCCCAAGCUCUACCGUUACCGAUUUGACCCCAAUCAAAACGUGCAGCGAUCCAUGGACGAUAUUUGGAAGGCACUUGUCAAGGAUUCGGGCGCAGUUAUCAGCACUCACUUUGAUGCGAUCCUGGAAGACUUGCUUAAGAGUAUCUUGGGCCGAGAAUGGCGCAUGCGAGAAGCAAGCUGUGCUGCUAUCUCGGAGCUCAUCCAGGGCCAGCCAUUCAACAAGUACGAGAAUCGAUACCGUGAUAUCUGGAUAUCGGCAUUAAAGGUUCUUGAUGAUGUCAAAGGUUCUGUGCGAGAGGCUGCCUUCAAGCUUUGCAGAACCUUAUCUAAUACUCUUGUUCGACAACUCGAGGAGGGAACUAGUGGAUCUGCUGCUAAAUCUAUGAUGAAGGAGGCUCUCCCCUUCCUUCUGUCUGACAAAGGUAUCGAAAGUUCUGUCAAAGAAGUCCAAGCCUUUGCUGCUAUUACCGUCAUCGAGCUCACUAAGAAGGGUGGAAAGGCUCUCCGACCAUUUAUUCCGGAGAUGGUUCCUCAACUUCUUGGUUUACUGAGCUCUAUCGAGCCCGAGCAAAUCAACUGGCAUUAUCAGAGAGCUGGUGAGGACAGCCGAGACCAGAUUGAUAAAAUUCGAUCACAAAUGGUGAACCGAUCUCCGAUUUCUGAGGCCAUUGACAAUUCACUUCGAUUCGUGGACGCGGAUGUUAUGGCUGAAUUGGCACCUAAACUAGAGGCAACUAUCAAAACUGCUCUCGGCAUGCCGACAAAGAUAGGAUGCAGUCGUGUAUUGACGACCCUAUUCACAAACCACACAAAUGACAUUAAGGGAGUGAGCAACAAGUUCCUCCAACUGAUGGAGAAGCAGACAAUGGACAAGAACGACGAGGUCAGCCAGGCAUAUGCUCGAGCUACCGCAUAUAUGUUGAGAGCUGCUUCGGACUCGGCCAAGAACCGAUUCUGCAAAAAGUUUAUCGACAUGUACUUCGACGCAGAGGAGGAAUCGCGUCGCCAGAAGACUGCAGAUGUGAUUGUGGCGCUGGCUAAGGUCUCGCCUGACCACUUCACUGCCCUAGAGACACAAUUGCUACCCUUCUCCUACUUGGGCUCUCACGAUACAGACGAGUAUACCAGCAAAGUAUUCAAGAAAGUAUGGGAGCAGCACGCUGGAAGCAGUCGCACUGUUGUUCGUUACGUUCCCGAGAUCGUAGCACUCGUGGAGAGGUGUUUGGAUACUGCACAAUGGGCCCUUCGGCAUGGUGGAGCUUUCACCGUUGCGGCUAUGGUAUCUGAUGUUGCAAGUGCAAGUGAUGUUAGUGGCCAAAUCAGCGACGCCAAUCUCAACAAGAUCUGGCCUGUUUUCGAGAAAGCACUGGCCCUGAAGACAUUCGCUGGCAAAGAGAAGCUCCUUGAAUCAUACCCUAAAUUCGUCGAGAAGGGACACAGCUUGUGGAAGUCAGACACAAAGAUCGCUGCACAGAUGAAGAAGAUUGCUCUUCGAGAAGCUAAGCGAAACAACGACGAGUACCGUGUGCACGCUUUCCGCUGUCUCUGGGAGUUUGCGAAAGCUCGGGAUGAUCUCGACAUGCUUGAUGAGAUUGUGGAGAUCGUUACGCCUUAUCUUGAAGAGCUGAAGGGAGACGACGAGACCGAGAAUGGAGAUAAAAUGGAUAUCGACUCUAAGGAUCAAGUCGCGAAGGAACAGCUUGCAGAGAAGGCGGCUUCCAACGGCUUGGAGGCUGUUGCUCGCGGGCAUAGCCGAACUGAUCUUGGCAUUCUGACCAAGAUCAUCAAUAUUCUCAAGCCUUUCCUGUCAAGCCCGAACUUUGCGACUAUCAAGCGCCAAGUAUGGUACGAGUGUGUACGCGAUCUUAUGAACGAUGCCACGCCUUCAUCAACACCGGAUGAAAAUGCCGUGGCGCUUACUUAUCUACUGAGCCUGGAUGUUGACUUGGUUGACACUGGCACUGAAGCACAGAGAGUUAUGAGGGCCAAGGCAGUGGGCGCAUUGUUCAAGGCAAAGGGCAAGGGAGUCUUUGGACCGACUGGGGGCCCUGACGCUGCGCAGUUGAAGACGAUGGUGAGUCAGGCGCUGGAAGCCGAGAGGUCUUUGGAGGUUCAGCGUGUGCUGAGGGAUAUCCUCGUUGAGAUGGAGUAAGAGAGGGGUGAAGCUUUCUAGAGAUUCAGCGUUUAGAUCAUUAUCUUUUUACUAGCGUAGGUUAAGAAAUACACCAGAUAUCAUUGAG